AUGAUUCAAUCAAGAAGAACCACCUCGAGAGCUUUCCAGAUUGCUCAACGAGCAAGUAAGGAGUCUCGCAAUUGUCAGCAAAGAUGUUUCGGGAAUGGACGACAAGCUCGAGUUGCUGCUGUCAGUAGAUCCUCGCCAAAGGCCAAAGCUGCAGGCUUUCUCGUGUCUGCUAUGAUUGGUGCCGGUUUCCUCUACUCUCUAGGAUAUCCAGGAACUUUGCAUGCUGAAACUGUUCCUGCUCCAGCAGAAGUAACCUUCGAGAAGGCUCGAAAGAAGGGAACAUCCAGGGAGGAGAACAGAGAUUUGAUAAGCUCACAGCAUUUACAAGUCAAGAAGAGCUGGGAAAGUCCGGGGGUCUAUGCAUGGGGAUCCAACAGCGGCAAAGUGGUUGCACCCGAUUCUGAUGAAGCAUUCAUUAAAACUCCACGAAGAAUACCAUUUUUCGAUGGAAAACUUAUUCGAGAUAUUAAGCUGGAUAGAAACUUUGGUGCCGCAAUUGCCGAGAAUGGAGAUCUACUUCAAUGGGGGACUGGAUAUUCUACAACUUCUUCAGGCCCAGAACCUACCCUCACAGGCAAAGAUCUAACCAAGCUAUCAAUCUCUCGAGACCGGAUUAUAGCUCUAUCCUCCAACGGAAAUGUCUAUUCGAUUUCUGCCUCCAAAGCCGACCAAGAUGCGGGACCAAAGACCCUAGAGAGUACUUGGUUCCCUUUCUGGAAAAGCAGAUCCGCCGUUAGUUAUCGAGAUCUCAAACCGGACAAUCUGGCCUGGGGUGAAAAGGUAUCAGAUGUCAGCAGUGGUCUGGAGCACUGCCUCAUUCUUACCUCAAAUGGCCGACUCUUCUCAGCUGCUUCCGGGACCGAGGAUUUCCCAAAGAAAGGGCAACUUGGCAUACCAGGCCUGACCUGGAAUACCCGGCCAUCAGGACCAUACGAUCAACCACACGAGAUCAGCACGUUGAGGGGGUUUGAAAUAUCCAAGAUUGCUACUGGGGAUUUUCACUCUCUAGCUGCCGACAGAGAAGGCAGAGUGUUUGCGUUCGGCGACAACUCUCUUGGUCAACUGGGCUUUGAUGCCGACUCUGAGUCUCCAAAUAUCGACGCCCCGUCUCUUCUCCCGAUCGACAAGCUCUAUAAGGGCACCAAUCUACACCCGAAAGUCACAGAUGUCGCAGCUGGAGGCGUCAACAGCUUCUUUACCAUCGACGCUACGAGAAUAGCAGGACAAGGAGAAGAUGACCCUCGUGGGCUUGGUCGCGUUACGGCAGACACCUGGGCUAGCGGACAAGGAAUCUGGGGAGGCCUCGGAAAUGGACGCUGGACACAUGUUCAAGGCACACCAACCAAAAUCAAAGCACUAUCCGGCCUUUUUGAAUACGAUGAGGUUGCUCACAAGGUCAUCCCCAUUCGGCUUGCACGUCUGUCGGUGGGAGCUACGCAUACUGCUGCUACUAUGAAUAAUGUGGUUCAUCUCGGGGCUUCUGAUUACAGUUCGGAGAAUGAUACGAAUUGGGGAGCAGAUGUACUUUGGUGGGGAAACAAUGAGUUUUAUCAGCUGGGGACCGGCAAGAGGAAUAAUGUUAGCAAUCCUACAUACAUCCAGCCUCUUGACAUAGAAGCAGAUAGGGAGAAAGGAAGGAGAGAAGAACAUAGGUUCCAGAUCACACCAAGGAAGAAUAUCCGAUUUGAAGGAAGAAAUGUUAGCGUGGAGCAGAGGAUUGAGUGCGGGAGGGGAGCAACCGCUGUAUAUUCUGGCACAUGA